AUUAGCACCCAGUAGUUAACUGCGGUAGAUCACCACUGGUAAUGGAAGGGACUAGUUGUCUGUCUAAGUGAUAGAUGAACUGGUAGGACAUUGUGGUGCUUCUCUGUUGGGCUCAGAAAUGGGAACCCAAAGGAAUAGUCUUAUUUGAUGGUUUCAGGAUUUCUUUUUCCUUUAUAUCCACCAUGGGCAAUGCAGCAAUGCGUAAGGCACAUAGAGUCGAAAAUCCUGCACAAGAUGAUAUGCUUACAAACAUUGAAUCAGGUCAAAGUGAAAGCAUGGACUCCCUGUCGGACAGCAAUACCAGUUUCCUUCGAGCAGCAAGAGCAGGAAAUAUUGACAAGGUUCUGGAGUAUUUGAAGGGCGGAGUAGACAUCAGCACUUGUAAUCAGAAUGGCCUCAACGCUUUGCACUUGGCAGCAAAGGAAGGACAUGUGGACAUGGUCCAGGAGCUGCUGGGCAGGGGGUCUUCAGUUGAUUCUGCAACCAAGAAAGGAAAUACAGCUCUCCACAUCGCUUCACUAGCAGGACAAGGAGAGGUUGUAAAGAUCCUGGUCAAGAGGGGAGCAGACAUUAAUGCACAAUCUCAGAAUGGAUUCACUCCCCUGUACAUGGCUUCUCAAGAAAACCAUUUAGAUGUGGUGCGCUAUCUUUUGGAGAAUGGUGGAAACCAGAGCACCGCAACAGAGGAUGGCUUCACACCUCUAGCUAUUGCACUGCAACAAGGCCAUAAUCAGGUGGUGUCCAUCCUUUUAGAGAAUGACACAAAGGGCAAAGUACGUCUGCCUGCCUUGCACAUUGCAGCCCGAAAGGACGACACGAAAUCUGCUGCCCUGCUGCUCCAAAAUGACCACAAUGCCGAUGUACAGUCUAAGAUGAUGGUCAAUAGGACAACUGAGAAUGGGAAGAGUGGAUUCACACCCCUGCAUAUCGCUGCUCACUAUGGAAAUGUAAAUGUUGCAACACUGCUCCUCAAUCGAGGGGCUGCUGUGGACUUCACUGCAAGGAAUGGGAUCACACCACUACAUGUUGCGUCUAAGAGGGGAAACACUAAUAUGGUUCAUCUGCUGUUGGACAGAGGGGCUCAGAUUGAUGCCAAAACAAGGGAUGGCCUCACACCUUUACACUGCGCAGCAAGAAGUGGGCAUGACACAGCAGUGGAGCUCUUAUUGGAGAGAGGAGCCCCUAUGCUGGCCAGAACCAAGAACGGUUUAUCUCCACUCCACAUGGCAGCGCAGGGUGACCAUGUGGAGUGUGUCAAACACCUGCUGCAGCACAAGGCACCUGUUGAUGAUGUCACACUGGACUACCUGACAGCCCUCCAUGUUGCUGCCCACUGUGGUCACUACAGAGUUACCAAACUUCUAUUAGACAAGAGAGCCAACCCGAAUGCUCGAGCAUUGAAUGGUUUCACUCCUCUACACAUUGCCUGUAAGAAAAACAGAGUCAAAGUGAUGGAGCUCUUGAUCAAGUAUGGAGCAUUCAUUCAAGCUAUCACUGAGUCUGGUCUCACGCCAAUCCAUGUGGCAGCCUUCAUGGGUCACCUCAACAUUGUUCUUUUACUACUGCAGAAUGGAGCCUCCCCUGAUGUUAGCAAUAUACGUGGAGAGACCGCUUUGCACAUGGCUGCCCGUGCUGGACAGAUGGAAGUUGUUCGCUGUCUUCUGAGAAAUGGAGCCUUGGUGGAUGCAAGAGCAAGGGAGGAUCAGACUCCGCUUCACAUUGCAUCUCGUCUGGGUAAGACAGAGAUUGUCCAGCUCUUGCUACAACACAUGGCUCAUCCAGAUGCAGCAACCAUUAAUGGUUACACCCCCCUUCAUAUCGCUGCACGCGAGGGACAUCUGGACGUUACUUCAGUGCUGUUGGAGGCUGGCGCUUCUCACUCUUUAGCUACCAAGAAAGGGUUCACGCCUUUACAUGUGGCAUCAAAAUAUGGUAGCCUAGAUGUGGCAAAACUACUUCUACAGCGGCGGGCACCCCCUGACUUUGCUGGGAAGAAUGGUCUUACUGCUCUACAUGUCGCUGCUCACUAUGAUAACCAGAAGGUGGCGCUCCUGCUUUUGGACAAAGGAGCAUCUCCCCAUGCCACAGCCAAGAAUGGAUACACUCCCCUUCAUAUAGCAGCAAAAAAGAAUCAAAUGGAAAUAGCUACAACACUCCUACAGUACGGAGCUGAGACCAACAUCCAGACCAAACAGGGUGUGAUGCCGCUCCAUCUGGCUUCCCAAGAGGGACACAGUGAGAUGGCAGCUCUGCUUCUGCAAAGAGGAGCUAAUGUCAAUGUACCCACUAAGAGUGGACUUACACCCCUUCAUCUUGCUGCCCAAGAAGACAGAGUAGGUGUUGGUGAGAUUUUAGUUGAGCACGGUGCCAACAUUGACCAACAAACCAAAUUGGGAUACACACCACUUAUUGUUGCCUGCCACUAUGGAAAUGCAAAGAUGGUUAAUUUUCUGUUGAAGAGUGGGGCAAGUGUCAAUGCUAAAACAAAGAAUGGUUACACACCACUACACCAGGCUGCACAACAAGGCAAUACACACAUCAUUAAUGUCUUACUCCAGCAUGGAGCCAAGCCCAAUGCCAUCACUGUGAAUGGAAACACCGCUCUUGCCAUCGCACGUCGCCUUGGUUACAUUUCUGUGGUUGACACUCUGAGAGUAGUCACAGAGGAAAUUAUCACUACAACAACGACGGUGACAGAGAAACACAAGCUAAAUGUGCCAGAGACCAUGACAGAAGUCCUUGAUGUGUCUGACGAAGAGGUUCCAAGACAGGUAGAUGAUGGGGCUAUGUCUGAUGACUCUCUUGAUUUUGAAGGUGAUGACACCAUGACAGGUGAUGGUGGGGAAUAUUUGAGAGCAGAGGAUUUGAGAGAGUUAGGAGACGACUCUCUACCUGGGCAGUACCUGGAUGGUAUGAACUACUUACGCUUCAGUUUAGAAGGAGGCCGAUCAGACAGUCGCUUACAAAGUUUGGACAGGUCCUACACACCCACUCACCAAAGUUACUACCCUGCAAGACACUAUGGGAUGAUGGAGGAUAUGAUAUACAGCAACCAGGUGUCUUUACUUGCAAGAGAAAAUGAAAAGGACUCAUAUAGCUGGGAAACAGAAAACUUGGACAACAUAGCACUUUCAUCAAGUCCUGCUCAUUCCGGCCGUUGUUCUCCAUGUCAUGACCAUGACAAUAGCAGUUUCUUAGUCAGCUUCAUGGUGGAUGCCCGUGGAGGUGCUAUGCGUGGAUGCCGCCACAAUGGUCUACGGCUGAUCAUUCCACCACGGAAAUGCAGUGCACCUACUCGAGUCACCUGUAGACUGGUGAAAAGGCACCGACUGGCCACCAUGCCCCCCAUGGUAGAGGGUGACGGUCUAGCUAGCAGGGUGAUUGAGGUUGGACCCUCUGGAGCUCAAUUCCUUGGUAAGCUCCAUCUUCCUACUGCCCCGCCCCCUCUGAAUGAGGGUGAGAGUUUGGUUAGCCGCAUUCUGCAACUGGGCCCACCAGGGACAAAAUUUCUGGGGCCGGUGAUUGUGGAGAUCCCUCACUUUGCGGCUCUAAGAGGAAAAGAGAGGGAGCUGGUGAUCUUACGCAGUGAAACGGGAGAGAGUUGGAAAGAGCAUCAUUGUGAGUACACAGAAGAAGAGCUCAACCAGAUCCUCAACGGCAUGGAUGAGGGGCUGGACCCACCAGAAGAGUUGGAGAAAAAGCGAAUCUGUCGCAUUAUCACUCGGGACUUUCCACAGUAUUUUGCUGUGGUGUCACGAAUUAAGCAGGACAGUAAUCUCAUUGGUCCAGAAGGUGGUAUUCUGAGUAGCACAGUGGUCCCUCAAGUACAGGCUGUCUUCCCAGAGGGAGCUCUCACUAAACGCAUCCGUGUUGGCCUGCAGGCUCAACCAAUGAGUAUUGAUGUAGUGAGGAAGAAUUUGGGUAAUAAAGCCACAUUCAGCCCUAUAGUCACUCUGGAACCACGGAGGAGGAAAUUCCAUAAGCCCAUAACCAUGACCAUCCCUGUCCCGAAGAGCUCCGCUGACCCAAUCCUUGGCGGCUUUGGAGGUGGAGAUACUCCUACAUUACGUUUGCUAUGCAGCAUCACAGGUGGGACCACUCCUGCUCAAUGGGAGGAUAUCACUGGGACUACACCAUUAACAUUCACCAAUGACUGUGUGUCUUUCACCACAAAUGUGUCUGCCAGAUUCUGGCUUAUAGACUGCAGGCAGGUUCAGGAGUCGGUAAACUUCGCCACUCAGGUGUAUCGUGAAAUCAUCUGUGUACCUUACAUGGCCAAAUUCGUCAUCUUUGCCAAAACACAUGACCCAAUUGAGGCUCGAUUGCGCUGUUUCUGUAUGACUGAUGAUAAAAUGGACAAAACUUUGGAGCAGCAAGAGAACUUCACAGAAGUGGCACGUAGCCGAGAUGUGGAGGUAUUAGAAGGUAAACCAAUCUAUGUAGACUGUUUUGGAAACCUGGUUCCUCUAACAAAAAGUGGCCAGCAUCAUGUCUUCAGCUUCUAUGCCUUUAAAGAGAAUCGACUGGCUCUUUUUAUCAAAAUACGAGACAACACUCAAGAGCCUUGUGGACGUUUGUCCUUCACAAAAGAACCAAGAUCUUAUAGGACUUUGACUCAUAGUGCAAUAUGCAAUUUAAACAUCACCCUGCCAGCUUACUCAAAGGAAUCAGAUUCAGAACAAGAACCUGAUGAGGAGACAAGCCGAACACUUGAGAAAUGUAAGAUGUCUAGCUUAAUUAAAAUGUUGUCUUGCACCAGACACCUUUCCACUUAACUUACUAACUGAGAAUGUCACCACUGUAAAAUAACUUACAAAGCAUGGUAUUAACAUUCCAAAAACAUUUAUUUGUGUCUGAGUGAGUUAACUAUUUGCCUGUUGUACAACACUUUUCUCAGUUAAAUUAAAGU